AUGGCCAAUCUUUUUUGGCGUCAGUUACGCGCUCUUGUAUGGAAGAACUGGAUUGUACUCUCAAAACACUCAUUUUUAAACAUCCUGCGAUGCUUCAUCCUUCCCGUCGCAUACGGGAUCUUUUUAGCCGUCGCCCAGAUCUUCCUGAACAAACCCAACUUCUACGGAAUCGGACAACCCAUACCCAUCUAUUCCCUCCAAUCCCAACUGACCCCCUCCCUCUCUCUCAUCUGGGCAGACGGUACAAACGGGCAAAGCAACCCCUUACCAAAAGACAUCAUAGCCCGCAUCACAUCCCAAUUCACACCCUCCCAACUAAACGCCGUGAAACAGGUCUCAUCGCCCACCGAUAUACCCGCCGCGUGUCCGCAGAACUUUAACCUCUUCUCGGAAUGUUUUGCUGCGGUUGCGUUUUAUGAUAUACCAGCUAAUGUUAAUGGGAGUACUAGUGCGCCUGUUAAUUAUACCAUUUGGGCGGAUGGGGGCUUGAUGUUUGUGGAUGUGGUGAAGCAUAGGAGUGAUUUUGAGAAGAGGAUUUUGCCGUUGCAGUGGGCUAUUGAUCAGGCUAUUAUAGAUAUGCAGACGGGCGUACAAGUGCCGACGCCUCUAGAAUGGCCUUUUUCACAGGAGACGAAUGAGGAGCAGGCGACGGAUAUGCGACUUAGUUAUAUCAGGGGUAUUAGAGAACUCCUCGUCAUUGCAUUGUUCGUCACAUUCAUCGGCAUCGCGUACCAAUUGCCAGGAGCAGUAGCAGGCGAGAGAGCUGGUAUGUUAACAGCACACAUGCGAGCCAUGGGUCUCCUCGACAAAGCUCGAAUCAUAUCAUGGCACCUAAGUCUAUCCCUAACCUACCUCCCCGCAUGGAUAAUCGUCGGCCUAACAUGGAGCUACCGCAUCUUCUCAGCCUCCAACACGGGACUCAUCCUCAUCGUCCACCUCCUCCUCGGACUGACACUCGCAAGCUGGUCCUUCUUCGUCGCUGCCCCUUUUGGCAAGAGUCCACAACUCGCGGCUGUCGUAUCGACGUUUUUGGGGAUUCUCUUGGCGAUUAUUGCGUUGGUGUUUAAAUCGGCUGGGACCGGCGCUGCGUUCAUCUUUACGAUCAUCUUUCCGCCUGGGUUUUAUAUUUUUGCGAUUAGGGCGAUAUGUGGGUAUGAGAAUCAUCAGUUGGCGACGAAUGUGUUGAAGGGGGAUCCUGAUAAACAAUUGGUGUUGCUUCCUUUGAUUAUUGCUGCUAUUAUCGACAUCUUCCUGUGGCCGCACUUCGCGGUACUACUCGAGCGCAGACUCUACGAACCACGCCAACCGUCCAUAAAAGCAGAAUUGAAAUUCUGGAACUCCGCAGCGCGCACAAGCAACACCCAGACACACCCCAUUGAUGAUGAUAUAGCCAUAUCCAUCAAAAACUUGAACAAGACUUUCAAAACAUCGACGUUCAGCUCCAAAGGGCUUGUAACGGCCAUAGCAGACCUGAGCUUGGAGAUACCGAAAAGAGGAAUCUUCGUCCUUCUCGGUUCAAAUGGUGCCGGGAAAUCCACAGCCCUCUCCGUAAUCGGCGGCUUAAUGAGUCACACACGCGGCACAAUCACAUUCCAAGGUGGCCUUUCCCGUCCUCCAAGGGGAACCAUCGGGCUCGUACCCCAGAAAAACGUCUUGUUCCCCGAACUGACGUGUAUCCAGACAUUGAGGGUGUGGCAAGCUGUGAAGUGGACGAACAGUUCGGCUGCUGAUGAGGAUCUGGAAGUGUUGUUGAGGGAUUGUGAUUUGGGAAGGAAGAUACAUGCGAAUGCUGCUACGCUUUCUGGGGGACAGAAGAGGAAGCUGCAGUUGGCUAUUGGGCUUCUUGGGGGAUCUAAGAUUGUGUUGGUUGAUGAGUGCACUUCUGGAGUCGACCCGCUGAGUAGGCGGGCGCUGUGGAGGACGCUGACGUCUUUCAGGGAAGAUCGGACGAUCAUUUUCACUACGCACUUCCUUGAUGAGGCAGACCUACUAGCUGACCACAUCGCUAUCUUGGCUGCCCCAGGGAAGCUUGUUGCCUCAGGCUCGCCCGUUUCCUUGAAGCGCGAUUUAGGAGAAGGGUACUCCGUCCAAGUUUUAGACGCGCUGCUCCAUAAUAUCCGGGCUAUCCUCCCACAAACGGAAGUUUCCAUGUCUUCUCCGCAUCAAUUCUGCUACCAUCUCAAAACGAGGGACGUUGCUGUUGUUCAGCAGGUCCUACAGCUGCUUGAUACCGAGACGGGCACACAUGGUAUAGCGUCGUAUGAUAUCCUUGGGACGACUAUUGAGGAUAUCUUUUUGGAUUUGAUGAGCAAGCACAAACUUCCAGAUUCAGGUGAACAGGACGACGAGAAAGUUUCUCGGGAUACCCUUCAAGUUGUCCCUCCCUCCUCGAAAUCUGACUCUCCUGGAAUGGUGCUGGCAACCGGAAGGCCUGUUUCCCCGUUUCGACAAGCGUUCACCAUCUUCUACAAACGCGUGCUCAUAGCCAGACGAAGUUGGUUAACGCCACUACUUACCAUCCUCGUCGCAGUCUCUGGUUCAACCAUUCCACUCGUUCUAAUGAGUGGCAGACAGACUAGCUGCACUAGGCACGUGGGCAAGUCGUUCUCCCUUCCCCUUUUCCUACCCAACUCUCCCAUCGUUCCAUUCUUCUCCUUGAAUCCUUUCUCUCGCCUGCUAACUUCUCCCCCUGGCAUCGCAAUGACGCUGGGCAACACUACCCAGUAUCUGCGCGUCACGGACGUUACGGAUAAUACCACAUUUGUCAAUGAUAUCACUCAGAAUUACCGGAAUCUUUCUCUCGGUGGAAUUUCUUUGGAUUUGUCGACUGGGAAUUCGCUGAUUGCGUGGGAGGCGACGCCCCCCGGGUUGAAUGGGCCUACGUUGUUGAAUUUGGCUUCGAAUAUUUUUUAUAAUCGCGCUCUGAAUUCUACUGGAAACUCUGCGAGGACGCCGGCUAUCAUUCGUGCGGCGUAUGAGGCGUUUCCUCCUAUAGCUGCUGGUACGCUCUUUUCUUUGAAGUGGAUUGGAUUUUUUGGAGCUGUUAUGGCUGUAUACCCUGCUUUUUUCGCACUCUACGUCUCGAGGGAGAGACGAUCUUCUGUUCAAGCUAUGCAACUCUCCAACGGGCUAGCGGAUCCUAUCGGUUUGUGGCUUGGGCAUCUCAUGUUCGAUACCGUCACUGUUGUCAUUCUCUCGACUAUCAUUAUUAUUGUAUUCGCCACUGCAUCAAAUCAGUUCCAUGGUCUUGGCUUGUUUUGGGUUGUACUUGUACUCUAUGGCAUCGCGGGUGCUCUGUUUUCAUAUUGUGUUUCAUUGAUGGUCGCCUCCCCACUUGCCGCUUUCGCUACGGUUGCUGGGUAUCAGUUUAUCAUGUUUAUUCUCUACACCGCUGCAUAUCUUCUCGUUUUGACAUACGGGAAAACAUCAGAAGCCAAUUGGCUCAUAAACAUUUGUCAUUUCACACUUUCAAUCGUCGCUCCAGUUACCAGUCCUCUACGUGCGGCCUUUGUCUCUGUCAACCUCUUUUCCUUGUUAUGCGAUGGCAACAACGUCGUCACUCUGUCCUCGAUGGGCUCCAUCAAGAGAUACGGAGGUCCAAUUGUAUAUCUCAUCGUCUACUCCCUCAUCUUGCUUGCCAUUCUGGUCUGGGUCGACUCUGGUACUCGGUUCCGCUCGCGCAGGCUAGUAUCAUCAGGCAACGAAACACCUAAAUCAAUUAAGGAGGACGUCGUCGCCGCAGCACAAGAGGCUCAGAAUUCUAACGAUUCUCUUCGUGUACUCAACGUCUCAAAAACGUACAACCGCCAAAAGGUUGUAGACGAUGUCAGUAUUGGGGUAUCUCGCGACACCGUUUUUGCACUCCUAGGACCGAAUGGCGCUGGGAAAACGACGACCUUCAACAUUAUUCGCGGAGACGUGGUUCCAGACGUCGGUGAUGUCAUUAUCAACGGCACAUCCGUCGUGCGGCAUCCUCGAACUGCACGCUCUGCAUUAGGAGUUUGCCCUCAAUUCACGGCUAUCGACUCCCAGCUUACUGUACGAGAACAUCUGAUCAUCUACGGGCGCCUGAAAGGGCUUUCGAAAGGCCCAGAGUUGGAUGGAAGUGUUGAAGCAGUUAUGCAAGGGACUGCGCUCAGCAUAUAUGCAGACCGUUUGGCGAGUAAAUUAUCUGGCGGAAACCAGCGGAAGCUCUCUCUUGCUAUCGCUCUGAUAGGAAACCCUACUGUCAUCCUCAUCGAUGAAUUCUCAACGGGAAUCGAUCCAAAGAUGAAGCGAGAUAUGUGGCAUACUCUACGCAAAGUAUCAAUUGGCAAAGCUGUCAUUAUCACAACACAUUCAAUGGAAGAGGCAUCAGCUCUGGCCAAUAGAGUUGGAAUCCUCGCAAAACGUCUUCUAGCCGUUGGCACUACCGAAUCCCUAUCCGCUCGUUACGCUACGUACGAGGUCCACUUCACCUGCCGCACACGCGAAGAGGUCGUCAAAGCCCGCACACUCAUGUCUCUCUUCCCUGGCUCCCGCAUGGCGGACGAUGUAGCUACGCGUUUUGAAGUCCCCAUCGACUCCGGCAAUGGAUCGGAGUUCUCUCUGGCUAAACUCUUCAACACUCUCUCUAGCCAUGAUGAUUUUACGGAGUAUACUGUGGAGAAGGCUACGCUUGAAAGUGUGUUCCUCAAGGUGAUACGAGAAAAUGAAGUUCUGGAAGAGGAUAGUGCCACGAGGAGUGGACGGAACUGUUGGAUAUUUUAGACUCUACUACGUUGGGACUUCAGUAAUCGAUUUAUAUGCA